GCCUAUUUUAAAUCUGAAAUGCUUUCAGAAAUUCAUCAGUCACUAAAUAGUGUAGAUAAAUUGCGCAUUUUAGUUGCCAAAGCAUAUAAAAAUAUGCAUCCUUAUGGACAAGGCAUUUUAGGUGUUCUUCAUGCAGCAAAAAAUAGUCAUUCUGAAAUAAAAGACUAUGUACAUCGUAUAG